AUGGGAAAACAGAGACCUUCGCUUAGCUCCCGACCCUCUCGUCAGCUAAGACGGUCCAGCUCUUAUGGUCGCCGCUCCCGGCUGAACAGUGUAUCGUCAUUUGACCUGGCACUCUUGGAAGACAAUAACCAUGAGAUGUUCAGUGGUGCGACUUCGGAAGUGAUUCCUUCGUCCAUCAGUAGUUUUCAUUAUCCGCAUCAUUUCAAUCGUAGACGGUCCACAGAUGUGCUGCUGCUGCGGGAACAGUCACCGUUGCUUGAGGCCAGUGAUGUGGGACUCUCCGCCGUGCGCCUGAAUGUGUCGGUUAUCUCAACCGAUGCUGCUAGCGCCAAUUUCCGUUUCUUCACCGCCGAUGAGAUCGAGACUGCUCCUGGUGGUUCCACGUUGGAAAACCCAGAGGACCCGAUCGAUUACAACACAAACUGGGACUACUCGGUAGAUAAGUACGACCAGGGACUGGAAGUGGCAGAUGAAAAUGUGUUCAGUACAUCCGAUCCAACAAGCAGGUUUUAUGAUCAGCCUGGUGUGUCUAGAUCAUUCCACAGCACAGAAAGAGCGCCCCGCUCCCCAGAACAAAGAUAUGGCUCUGAUGCCGACUCAGACGACAACCGAAGCUAUCGCUCUAUGCUAGAGGAUCGUUACCGUCGUCGAAGCACCACCUCUAGCAACAAAGCAACAUCGGGUGCGGACCUGGCUUCUGAACAUCUGGAGAAUGAGGAGUUGGCUUUCCUUCAAGAGUUCUCGCCCGAGCUGAAAUACCAGCGUUUCUAUUUGGCCGAAGAGGACAUUGUCAUUGGUAUUGCGGGCUACGAAAACUGCUUGUGGAAAAAAAUCUUAUAUUAUGUGAUAACCGUGUUCACUUUAGGAAUCGGAUACUUGGUACUCCGUUGGGUCCCUAAAUAUCGUAUUAACUUGAUGGGCAAUCCUUGCGCAUUGGGGCUUGCCGAUUGGUGUGUCAUUGAGAACGAGUUUGGUGAGCUUGCGAUCGUGAACGUCUCCCGAACUCGUUUUGGAGAACGUCUCUCUAAUUUCUUGACCAUUGCAUCCCCCAAAAAAGAUGAAGAAGAAGACGAAAUUACUGCAGACAUCGCGAAAGAGGCCAACCCAGUAGUCCCAUAUCUUCUCUCGUUUGAGUACAGAUACCUCAAGUUUUUCUACAACCCAGUCGAAGAUAUGUUCAAGACAAAUUCCAAUUGGUACGAUUUACACUGGUUAAACUUCAAGAACUUACGCGACGGUACUUCCCAAUCACUCCAGGAGCAGCGCACUUUGAUUUUUGGAGAAAACAAUAUUGCCAUAGAGAAAAAGUCCAAUUUUCAACUAUUGGUGGGCGAAGUUCUUCACCCCUUCUACGUUUUUCAAGUGUUUUCUAUUUUUCUUUGGCUCGCAGAUGACUACUAUUACUAUGCCGCUUGUAUUUUUAUCAUCUCUUUCAUCUCCAUCAUCGAGUCUUUAAUUGAGACAAAGUCAACAAUAGCUCGAUUGUCUGCAAUGAGCUUGUUCACCUGUGAUGUGAGAGUUUGGAGAAACGAAUUCUGGACUCAAACUGACUCCAAUUCUUUGGUGCCUGGUGAUGUGUUCGAAGUUGAUCCUUCUUUGUCAAUUGUGCCAUGUGACGCCCUCCUCAUCAAUGGUGAGUGUGUGGUUAACGAGUCAAUGUUGACAGGUGAGAGUGUCCCGGUUUCCAAAAUUUCUGCUAAUCGUGACACCGUUCAAUAUCUUUCUGAGAACAUCACACAUCCUGUCUUGGCAAAGUCUUUCUUGUACAAUGGAACAAAACUUUUGAAAACUAAAACAUCCAACGACGAGCCAGUACUUGGUAUGGUGGUCAAAACUGGCUUCAACACAACCAAGGGAUCUUUAGUCCGCUCCAUGUUGUUUCCUAAGCCAACAGGUUUUAAGUUUUAUGAAGAUUCUUUCAAGUAUAUUGGUUUCAUGACGUUUAUCGCUUUUAUUGGCUUCAUUUACUCUACGUAUAACUUCAUCAAACUUGGCCUUUCCACCAGAAUUAUGAUUUUGAGAGCUCUUGAUAUCAUCACCAUCGUUGUUCCUCCUGCUUUGCCAGCAACUUUAACGAUUGGAACUACUUUCGCAAUCAACAGAUUGAAGAGCAAGAAUAUCUUCUGUAUUGCCCCAACAAGAGUCAAUGUGGGUGGUAAACUUGAUGUUUUGUGUUUUGACAAGACAGGUACUUUGACAGAAGAUGGUCUCGAUAUUCUUGGUGUUCAUCCAACAUGCAAUGCCGAGGGCCGUAAGGAAAUCAUCUUUGGGGAUAUGCUCCAAUCUGUCUCCGAACUUACUCAAGAGUUUGAAGCAACCACCCAAUAUGACACACACAGUGGCGCAAGCUUAUUGGGAUGUAUGUCAUCCUGUCACUCUUUGCGUCUCAUUGAUGACGCUUUAAUUGGAGAUCCAUUGGAUGUUAAGAUGUUCGAGUUCACCGGAUGGCACUUUGUUGAGGAAUUUGGAGGCUUGUCAGUUCCCUUGGUAUUUGAUCAUGUGGGAAAAGAGACAUAUGGCUACAAAAUUUUGAAAGAAUAUGAGUUUGUUGCUUCUUUGCGUAGAAUGUCUGUGCUCAUAGAGAAGGACCAGAACAAACAAAUAUUCACAAAGGGUGCUCCUGAAGUUAUUGCUGAAAUCUGUGAUCCAACUUCUAUUCCUUCUAACUUCGAAGAAUUGCUCCACAAAUACACACAUGGUGGCUUUAGAGUUAUUGCUUGUGCUAGCAAAACACUCAGCUCAAGAAAAGAAGUAAAGUCAAUGGAGAGAUCAGAUGCUGAACGCAACUUGCAAUUCACGGGUUUCAUUGUGUUUGAAAACAAAUUAAAGACAUCCACGAAGCCAACUCUCAAGGAGUUGCGUGCAGCAGAAAUUCGUACAAUCAUGUGUACCGGUGACAAUGUUUUGACAGCUGUCAGCGUUGGACGUGAGUCUGAACUCAUUGAUCCUCAAGUCACACAGGUUUUCAUUCCACGGUUUGCAUCUGAAGAAGAAUUCCAGAGUAGUGGUGGUACGGGUCUUAUUUGGGAGGAAAUGAGAGAUUCUCAAAAUCGUUUGGACCCCAUUACUCUUCAGAAGGUGCAUCUGGAUAUCCGUGACAAUGUUCAUGAACAUAUUUACGCCGUAACCGGUGAUGUAUUCCGCUACAUCUUGGCAGAACUCCAAGAUGAAAACUUGAUUGAAGCUAUGUUGAUGAAGUGUAAUAUUUUUGCUAGAAUGUCUCCUGAUGAAAAGCACGAGCUCGUGGAACAGCUUCAAAAAUUGGACUAUACAGUUGGUUUCUGCGGUGAUGGAGCCAACGAUUGUGGUGCUUUGAAAGCUGCUGACGUGGGUAUUUCUUUGAGUGAGGCAGAGGCCUCUGUGGCUGCUCCAUUUACCUCCAGAUGCUUUGAAAUUUCAUGCGUUUUGGAUGUGAUUCGCGAGGGAAGAUCAUCCUUGGUAACCAGUUUCUCUUGUUUCAAGUACAUGUCCCUCUAUUCUGCAAUUCAGUUCGUGACAGUGACAAUCUUGUACCAGAGAGGAACAAAUUUGGGAGACUUCCAAUUCCUUUACAUUGACUUAUUCUUGAUUUUACCAUUGGCAAUUUUUAUGUCUUGGUCUAAACCCUACGAAAAAAUCGUGGUAAAGAGGCCUACUGCCAAUUUAGUCAGUCCCAAGGUGUUGAUUCCACUUCUCUGCCAAAUUGCUGUUAUUCUCUUCUUCCAGGUAGUGGUGUGGCUCUACAUUCAAAGUCAACCCUGGUAUCAACGGCCAAUUCCUUCCAAUGACGAUAGCAGCGUGGAGUCUUCCGAUAACACGGCCUUGUUCCUCUUUUCGAACUUCCAAUAUAUUCUCUUUGCCCUUGUGUUAAGCACUGGACCGCCAUACCGUGAAGCAAUGAGCAAAAAUAAGCCAUUCUUGAUUAACGUGGUGUUCACCAUAUUGAUGUCGGUUGCUUUGUUUAGAAUCGAGCAAGAUUCAUGGUUGGGUGACUUCAUGCAAUUGACCAAUAUGUCAUCUUCAGCAUAUGUUGUGCUUCUCGUGGCAGCUGCGGCAAAUAUGGAAAUUUCUUGGAAGGGAGAAGAAGUGUGGUUCAAGAAGGUUGCUCAGGUCUUCAAAAGACUAGUGCACAAGGACAAGCGCAGCAAAAAGAAGUUCAAGAACCUCAAGCUUACUAACGAGGUGUCCGCUUAG